GGCCAAGUUCAUGGCGCUCAACUCGUUGACGAUCGGCGCCUCGACAGCUGGCAUCAGCAGAUCGGACCCCCCGAUGGCAGGAUGCCAUCUUCCUCGCGCACAAGCUCGGCAUCCGUUACCUGAGGAUCGACAGUCUCUGUGUAAGGCAAAUAUGAAAGAGGACUGGUUAAAGGAAGCGCUAAGUAUGCAGAACGUCUACGGUUGCGUCGCUUUCAACGUCGUCGCGGGCCGUUCCUCUAGCCCUCACGAUAGUAUAUUCCAUACGCGCGACGCGUUUCCCGCCCUUUCAGCAAUCGUC